GUGUGAGUGAGUGUGUGUGUGUGUGUGUGCAAUGUGCUGACUUGGGAGUAGGCUGCAGGAAGUACAGUAGAGUAGGUGUGCAGACAGUAAGUACAGUGCACACAGAUGGAGACAGAGCAGCAUCAGCACAGUGCUGACAGCUCCCCUGGAAGGUAAUGCAACGAGGUAGUUAGUGGGAGAGAGAAGUUAGACCAGUUCUUGGGUUCAAUCCAUUACCCCAAUGACGUCAGGGGCUAAAGGGCUGGUAUAAUAAACAACCCCACCGAAUCCAUCAGCACUGAGCUGACAACUCAGGACAACCCACCCACCCACCCACCACCUACUUCUCAGUUCAAUUGCGUCUUUGCAAAGAGACACCAAGGAUCGACUCGUAUCAUCAUGGGGGCUGUUUGUUUUACAUGGCACUUCUAUUUGUUUUUCCUCUUGUUAAACACUCGCCAAAGCUUUGGAAGUGCUGGAAUUCAAGAUGUUGACGAAUGCUCAGAAGGAACUGAUGACUGUCACGUUGAUGCAAUCUGUCAGAACACGCAGACCUUAUUCAAGUGCACAUGCAAGCCGGGAUAUAAGGGGGAUGGAAAGAAAUGUGAAGACAUUGAUGAAUGCGACAACGAGCACAAUGGGGACUGCGUGCACGAAUGCAUUAACAUUCCAGGAAAUUAUCGUUGCACUUGCUAUGAUGGAUUCAUGUUGGCACAUGAUGGACACAAUUGCUUGGAUGUCGAUGAAUGUGCAUUUAACAAUGGUGGCUGUCAACACACAUGUGUAAACACAAUGGGUAGUUAUGAAUGUAAAUGUAAGGACGGAUUCUUCCUCAGUGAUAACCAACACACGUGCAUUCAUCGCUCGGAAGAAGGAAUGAGCUGCAUGAACAAGGACCACGGCUGUGCCCACAUCUGCAGAGAGACCCCGAAAGGAGGAGUGGCGUGUGAAUGCAGGCCUGGGUUUGAGCUGGCCAGAAACCAGAGGGGCUGCUUACUAACGUGUAACCAUGGAAACGGUGGGUGCCAUCACACCUGCGAUGAUACUGAAGAGGGGCCGGUAUGCGGCUGUCACCAGAAGUACGCCUUGCUGUCAGAUGGAAAGAUCUGUGUUGAGAGAGAUGAGGCUGCAAUUGAGAGCUCUGAAUACAAUACCACGUCAGUAGCUGAUGUGGACACCCGAGUGAAGCGGCGCCUGCUCAUGGAGACAUGUGCAGUUAACAACGGUGGCUGUGAUCGGACCUGCAAAGACACUUCCACAGGCGUCCGCUGUAGCUGCCCGGUGGGAUUCACACUGCAGCCCGAUGGAAAGACUUGCAAAGACAUUGAUGAAUGCCUUAUCAAUAAUGGCGACUGUGAUCACUUCUGUAAGAAUACCAUUGGCAGUUUUGACUGCAGCUGCAAAAAAGGAUACAAACUUUUAACAGAUGAGAGAACGUGUCAAGAUAUUGAUGAAUGCUUCUUUGAAAGAACGUGUGAUCACACUUGCAUCAACUAUCCAGGGGAUUUUGAGUGUGUUUGCAACAAGGGAUAUACACUGUAUGGGCUGACACACUGUGGAGAUAUUGACGAGUGCAGCAUCAACAGAGGAGGCUGUGAGCACAUUUGCACAAACACAGUGGGAAGCUAUGAAUGCUUUUGUCACCCAGGCUACAAACUGCACUGGAACAAGAAAGACUGCAUUGAAGCAGAGAAGUCCGUUCCAACUAAGGGGUCAACCAAAGCCCUGCUUAACUGCAGCAAAAGAGACGGAGCUGAUAUGUGCUCUUUGAGCUGCCGAUCAAAUGUGUACUUUGCUGCUGAGUCUGAAGAUUCUUACACAAUUAGAUGUGGUGCAUCUUCCCAAUGCUCGCAUUCUGGUCCGGACGUGUCCACUUGCACAGGGUUGGACGAUACAAACCUGCGAACAAUUAAGACAACGGCAACUUUUAAAAUCAAUGCAGGAAGAUGUGAGUUCAGAAGAAUCAAAGGGAAGCUUAAAAAUAGUCUAAAGCAGGUCCCUUCAGAAACUUCUUCUAAUUUUCCUUCUACAAAGAACUGCCAACUGAACUUUCUGAACCUGAAGUGCAGCUCCUCCAAAAAACCACACGAUCAACCAGGCCAGGCAUCACUCAGGAGCGAAAGCUCGGUACUUGUCGCUGUAUUUGAGGUUGAAAUGAAGCCGGAGGAGGUGACAGCAGAAUCCUGUGAUUUUGGGUGUGUGAGAAGAAAGACGGAGAAGAGGCUUCGGAAAACCAUCAGGACCUUGAGGAAAUCGAUCAACCGGGAGCAGUUCUACCUGCGCCUGGGGGGAGCUGACUAUGAGUUGACUAAAAAAACAGCAAGGCCAAUGGAUGUGCAGGAACUGUGUGGAACUGGUCAGGUUCUUCGAGAGAACAGAUGCGUUAGUUGUAGUGUUGGCACGUUCUAUGAUGGUGAACAGGAGCGGUGUAUGUUAUGUCCUGCUGGCACCUAUCAGGAUGAAGAAGGACAGCUCUCGUGUGAGCCCUGCCCACCUCUUGAAAGUCAGGGGAAGCAAAGGUCAACGGGCGCACGGAAUAUUUCAGAGUGUGGAGGUCAGUGUCUCCCUGGAGAGUUUUCAUCUGAUGGGUUCAAGGCGUGUCAGCCGUGCCCCCUAGGGACCUAUCAGCCGGAAAUUGGACGGACUUCGUGUUUUCCAUGUGGUGGAGGUUUGACGACAAAACGGGAAAGAGCAGCAGCGUUUCAGGACUGCGAGACUAAAGUCCAGUGCUCACCAGGUCAUUUUUACGACACAAACACACAUAGAUGUAUACGAUGUAUAACAGGGAUGUACCAGCCAGACUUCGGCCAGAAUUACUGCAUUGCAUGUCCUGGAAAUACAACAACAGAUUUUGAUGGAUCGACUAAUAUAACCCAGUGCAAAAACCGACAAUGCGGAGGAGAGCUUGGAGACUAUAGUGGAUACAUUGAAUCUCCGAAUUACCCUGGGGAUUACCCAGCCAAUGUGGAGUGUGUGUGGAACCUGAGCCCUCCCCCAAAGCGUCGUAUUCUCAUUGUGGUCCCGGAGAUAUUCCUGCCUAUCGAUGAUGAGUGUGGUGACUAUCUGGUCAUGAGGAAAAGCUCGCUAUCUAAUUCAGUGACCACUUACGAAACCUGCCAGACUUACGAGCGACCCAUUGCCUUCACUUCAAGAUCAAGAAAGUUGUGGAUUCAGUUCAAGUCCAAUGAGGGCAACAGUGGCAAAGGAUUUCAGGUUCCAUAUGUAACAUAUGACGAGGAUUACCAGGAGCUCAUCGAAGAUAUUGUUCGAGAUGGUCGAUUAUAUGCCUCGGAAAAUCAUCAAGAAAUACUGAAGGACAAGAAACUCAUCAAGGCUCUGUUCGACGUCUUAGCACAUCCACAGCAUUACUUUAAAUAUACGGCACAGGAAUCCAGAGAAAUGUUUCCGAGGUCCUUUAUUCGACUAUUGCGCUCAAAAGUUUCCAGAUUUCUACGGCCGUACAAAUAGUUGGCGCCCUCUGAACAUUUUGACAUUCCAUUCGGAAAGACUUUUUUUUAAAAAAAAAACAUUUCAUUUAAUCUGUUCGCCUUCAAUGUGUGUGAACUCCUUUGUGGAAGGGAACUUUAAAGUUUUGAUGUAAUGCAUCAUCAUUGCACUCUGUUAAGACCUCCGAAACGCUGAACAGUGUAAAUCAUUCUUGAUGGAGUAGGAAUAAUCUGGUGAACUGUGUAAACCAAAAAAAAAUAUUCUUUCUCCUUUUUUUUAAUUUAUAUUAAGUAACAAAGAAUAUCUUCAUAGCCCUGCUUGUUGUAUACCUCGUUUUUUUUUAACUACACCAGUUUGCAUACUUGUAAUUAUUGUGAGUGUAUCAAAUCUGUAGCAAUUGGCUGCCAUCUAUGUCUUGGAGCUCAGAAUAAUAAAAUUGUGGAGCCGACAGAAAGAUCAAUAGCUGAACGAAAGUCAAUGGCCCACAAUAAAAAAAAAGCACAGUCCACUGACCAUUGAAAUAUGAAUCUAUCCACAUCUUACAUAAACAAACAGAUUGGUAGAGAAACAUGCGUAGGAAGCUUUCUUUGGGUGUUAGCCCAGUGCAGAGAGCGUGCAAUGGCUUUGGCAUCUUUUCGAGGCAUUCAUCCAAUGCGAAAGACACUAUGUAAGUAAAAAUUGUUGUUGUUGAAAUCCCUGAUCCAGCAGGCCAGACCAUUGGUGUGAAAUUGACGUUCACAGUAUGGUAGGACCGUGUUCAUCUCUAGCCUUGCUGUUCAGGCAGCAACUCAGAUGGAGUGAAGUCACGCUCAGUAUUGUACAGAUCUUAAGCAUUAGUGUUUCAAUGCUUCUCCCCUCUUCUCCUGAAGGGGCUGAGUUAUGCCAGGGUUUAGUUCAUAGACAAUAUUUCUGUCCCCCCAAACCCCUGCCCACCAGCGAACAUAAGCCAAGUUGCCAUGUAUGAGCGCAGACAGCAAUUGUUGCUGUUCUACCCAGUCCAGGGGCAUUGAGGCCAAUUGUACCACUUACAAAGAGCCACUUAGAAAAUAACAGGAUGCAGUGGAACAGAUAUGAUGGGUCCAGAACACUACCCUGCAUGAAGGGCACUAUAUAAUUGCAUGUUGUUGUUUGGUGCUGAAGAUAGAUGUUUCUACAUUCUGGCUGAGAACAGGUAUCACAGAUCAAGCUUGGAACCUUCUCAUUCUGCACUGCAAGCAAAUAUGAAAUGAUUUAAAUAAUUUGGACAUCAUGAUGAUCUCUACAUAGUUAGGUUUAGACUUGGUAAUGUUCCCACGUGUGUUGUCAUUCUUUACAUUUCAUGAUAUUUCUAAGAAAUAUGUUUCUUUUCUACUUAGCUUUGGUCUAUUGUACUUGGCAUAUAUUAAUGUAGUUCUUUUCUGAGCUCAGUCAGUGCUACCAGUCUUAACCAUGUAUACUGUUAAAGCCAGAGAUGUUCCCCCUAGGUGAACACCUCACCUUCCAACAACAGCAAUAUUUGCUGCAUGUAUUCACAUAAGUAUUGAUUAUUUAUGGCACUUCCUGAUGUACAUACUGAGCAGCAGAAGCAACUGGAAUUGCAGGGAUCCCAGGGGAAAGUAUUUGCAUGCCCAUUCGUGUUUAAAUUAUUUUCACUGACGGAGGAAAACCCAUGCAAGGCUGACUUUACAACAGAAAGCCAAAAGUCAUGUUGAAAAUUCACAAAUUCUCCCUUCCAGGGGGAAAAAAAAACUUUAUAUGUUUAGGUUUGGGUGGAUGGUGGAACCCAGUUUGCUCCACUUCUUGCCUUUAUCCCCACUAUCUGCUCUCCACCCCCCACCUGCUGAAAACUACAAAUAAUUCAUUUUUAAUCUAUUAUUUCACAACCUGUGAAUCAUCAUUUUAAAAUAGCAGUCCUCUUCACAGAGCACAUGGGCCAGGGAACACCCUCGCUGUGCAAGGCACUGAGUGCCAGAACCAUUUCCAAAGGCAGGGUUUCAAACACUUAUUGUUCACAGCUGUGCAAAGUGAGAACUUGACAUUUAGAUCUGUUAGCUGGAAGCUAUAGUGAUUUUGUUUAGACAGGGCACUCCUGCUGUUAAAGUUGUGAAAGGCAUCCCAGAUUUAUGAGAAUGACAUCAGCUGAGGAAAAAAUACUUGUUUGUUUCUUUAUGAACCUGGGAUUGUCUCAAAACUGCGAUGCAAAACUCGUCCAUAAGAACAAAGAUCUCAUUGUAUGAAAUAUUGCAAGGCUCAGGCCAGUUUCGAAAUCAUUUAAUUUGAAAUAUGUCCUCACAUGGAGAGAAAUUGUGCCCAGGUUUAGGUUUAUUCUAUGUGUGUAGCAUUUUAGAACAUUCAGAAUUUGGUGAAUUGUUUGUAGUCCAUUUCUGAAAGAACUUGCAGAAGAUCAGCUUGAAAAUUUAAGGUCGCAUUUGAGAAUUUACCAGAUUCUGGAUGUUCUGAGAUACAUAAAUAGAGGACAGCGGAGUCCUGUACUCAGUGGUUAGAGCACUCGCCUGGCAAGCGAGAGACCAGGUUUUGAUUCCCGGUAGGGCGAAACCUUGGGCAAAUUUCCUUACUCUACAUGCCUGAUAAUGAUCCCUCAAGAAAAAAAACUAUAAUAAUAUGGUCACUCAAUCCAUGGGACACUGCUGUGUGCAAUUGGCUGCCAUGUUUUGCUCACAAAUAUGCAGUCAAUUCACUUUACAGUAUAUUCUGUGAAGCGCUUCGAGAUGCCCAGAAGAUGUGAAAAGGGCUAUAUCAAAUGCAAGGAUUAUUAUUAUAUUAUAAAUGUAGACCCAGGACAACAAUUUCUCCUGUUACAUUUCUGCUGAUCAUUUGGAUGGACAAUGCUGCCUUUUUUGUUGUGCUUUUUAUGUGUUCCUGUAAAUUAUGUAAAAAGUUGUUGCGUUUGUCCUCAAGUUUGAUACUGACUGUCAGUGGAAAUAAAAUGUUUUACCUUGGA